CCAAAGUAAAAGAAAAUAUCAUGAAAUGAAAAUAAAUAAUUAUCAUCCUAUUUGAUUCCUAAUUGUAACUGAAAAUAAAUUAAAUUUAAAAACUUGCCCUUUUAAACUCUUGUGAAAAAAUCAGUAUUGCAAUGUUUCGCUUAGAUAUUCUAUUCAUCUCACUGGGUGUCAUUACUAAUGUUUUUUGUGCAUUGAACUCUGUUGAAGAAGAAACUGGAAACGGCAGAUACGUUAUCGAAGGGAGAGUGUUUCCCCCUGAAGAUCUAGACCCGACUAACUGGCAAGUCGACACUAGGAUUCAUGUGAAUGGUGGCGAGUACAUAGGUUUUAUAAAAGACGAUGGAUCAUUUGCAGUACACAAUGUCCCUACAGGAUCCUAUGUGGUUGAAAUCGUGCAUCCAGAUUACUUUUAUGAACCUAUACGAGUUGAGAUCAACUCUAAAGGAAAAUAUAGAGCUCGUAAAGUGAAUUAUGUGCAGACAUCACAGAUAAUUCAAGUUCCUUAUCCUCUCAGGAUGAAGGCUAUGUCGAAAAUUAGGUAUUUCCAAGUUCGUGAGCAAUGGAGACUAACAGACUUCUUGUUCAACCCCAUGGUUAUAAUGAUGGUGCUGCCCCUCCUGCUCAUCAUGGUGUUGCCCAAGAUGAUGAAUGACCCAGAGACCAAGGAAGAUUUGAAGCAGAUCAGCAACAUGGCCAAGAUGUCAGAGUUUCCAGAAAUGUCGGAGAUGUUUACCUCCUUGUUCAGUGGAGGUGCUGCUAAAGCUAAUGUCAAAGCAAAACAAGUCAAGAAGAGGCAGUAGUUGCAUUUUGCUGUUCUAGUUAAUUUAUCAAGUAUAUUGUAUCAUUGUAUAUAGAAAUGUUUAAUAUACACUUUAGAAAUAAAAACAUCUAUCAU